AGCCAAAAUGUCGAGUGAGCUGUGAACCUCUCGAGCUAUCUCAAGUCGCGAACGACACGAUGGCGCUGAGCCACCUCCGCCAUGCGCCGCUCGCGCUCCGCCUCGCGCUCCCAUCCAUCGCCUGCUCCUCUCCCGCCACCCGCCGCCUCUUACUCUUUGCGCCGGCGCGCCCGUGGCGCCUCCUCUCCACCGCCUCGAAGCCGCGCUCGCUCGCCACCGCAGCCGCCGCCGAGGCCGACAGCACCAGCGCGGGCGCCGACGGCUUCUUCGCCGAGGACAGCACGUCCUGGAAGUCCCUCGGCAUCUCCGACCGCCUCGCGUCCGCCUUGCACGGCACUGGGCUCGAGAGGCCCUCGCUGGUCCAGGCAGCUUGUAUACCACAUGUUCUUACGGCGAACGAUGUAAUUGUUGCGGCAGAGACUGGCAGUGGCAAAACACAUGGUUACCUGGUUCCACUGAUUGAAAAACUGUGCACCAAAUCUUCCUCCACAGAAGAUGGUGAUUCUGAAAACAUUGCUGCGAGAACAGAUAACAUUGUGCUGGUUUUCUGUCCUAAUGUCAUGCUGUGUGAGCAAGUUGUUUCAAUGGCUAAUUCAUUACUUAAUGUAUCUGGUGAACCACUUAAGCGUGCUGCUGCAGUUUGUGGGCCAAAGGGUUGGCCAGCAGUUCGCCCAGAUAUUCUUGUAGCCACUCCAGCCGCUCUUUUGAAUUAUCUAUUCGAUUAUGACCCAGAGAGGAGGCGGAGGGAGAAGUUCCUACGCAGUGUAAAAUACAUCGUAUUUGAUGAGGCAGACAUGCUACUUUGCGGAAGUUUUGAAAAUCAGAUCAUUCGUCUCAUCCACAUGCUGCGGUUUGACGAGAAGUUACUUUCAAGGGCGGAAGAUUCUGGAAAAGAAGUACCGCUCGAAGGUUCUGAUGAAUAUCAUGAGGAUUCUGGUUCUGAGAGUGCUGAAGUUAGUGAUAUUGAUGAUGAAAAUGAAGAUGGUCAUAUUCAAGAUGGAGCAGUCAAGGCGAAGAAUGCUCAUGUAGGAGCACGCAGGGAUUGGAGAAGGGUUAGAAAAGUUUAUAGGCGCAGCAAGCAAUAUGUCUUUGUUGCUGCCACCCUCCCUCAGAGUGGAAAAAAGACUGCUGGUGGUGUGCUGAAACGUAUGUUUCCUAGUGCUGUGUGGGUUAGUGGUGCUUAUCUGCACCGUCACAACCCUAGACUGGAGAGAAGAUGGAUAGAGGUUACUACUGAUACACAAGUCGAUGCUCUUCUGGAUGCAGUAAAGUAUGGCCUGAAGAGUGAAGUUGACCCAGAACUUGGUCCAAAUCGAACUAUGGUGUUCACGAACACUGUCGACGCUGCUAAUUCAGUCUCUGACAUAUUGCGGAGAGUUGGUAUUCCAUGCAUCUUGUACCACCGUGAGAGCUCCCUGGAGGAAAGGACAGCCAAUUUACAAUCUUUCCGGGAGAAUGGUGGUGUGCUCGUCUGUACUGAUGCUGCCGCUCGUGGACUUGAUGUGCCAAAUGUUUCCCAUGUUAUUCAGGCGGAGUUUGCUGCUUGCGCUGUCGACUUUUUGCACAGGGUGGGUCGCACAGCUAGAGCUGGCCAAUCUGGAAUAGUGACUAGCCUAUAUACAGAUGCAAACCGUGAUCUCGUGAGAGCAGUUCGUCAAGCAGAGGAGCUGGCCCAGCCAGUGGAGAGGGCGUUCAGUAGAAAAAGAAGUUUCCGCAACAAGUUGAAGAAACAAGCUCGACUGCUUGAACCUGCAACGUUGCUGUCUUAAUUUACGACUUCUGUUGCUUUUGAUGUGUAGAAACAGGGAGUUACUCACAGUCUUGUGUUUUUCUAGUGGCCUAGUUCUGCCAUUUCAUUUUGUACUGUUAUAAGAUUCAGAGACAUGUUCAAAGAAUGAAAUCAUGUAUGUUUCUUCA